AUGAUGAUCGUGAUGGGAGACUUUAACGCCAAAGUUGGAAGUGAUAACCGCAAUUCUGAAGAUAUAAUGGGAAAACACGGAUUAGGCAAUCGAAACAAUAACGGCGAAAGUUUGCUGGGAAUGUGCUCUAAUUACCAACUAACUAUCGGAGGCACACUUUUUCCUCAUAACGUAGUCCAUAAAGCUACAUGGAAAUCGCCAGAUGGGCACACAACAAACCAAAUUGAUCACUUUUUAAUUAGCCGGAAGUGGAGAAACUCACUUUUUGAUUUAAGAGCGUACAGAGGAGCAGAUCAUUACCUACUGAUUGCUGAAAUAAAAUUAAAAAUUGCAAAGAUUCGAAAAACACAACCGCUAAGACAAGAGAAAUGGGAAGAAGUGAAAGAAAGUCUUCAAAAGAUUGCCGAAGAAAACCUCGGAUAUCAGAGACAUAUUAAAAAACCAUGGAUCUCAGAUGGCACAUGGGAAAAGAUUAAAGAAAGAAAAAAAAUUAAACAAAAAAUUCUACAAGCAGGCCACAGCACACAAAUAAGAACACUAGAGGAGCAAUAUCUCACAAAGAAUAAGGAAGUGAAGAGAUCAGCAAGAAGAGAUAAACGCUUGUGGACAGAAGAACUUGCAGAAAAAGCUCAAAUGGCAGCUGAAAUAAAUGAUUCCAGGACACUUUAUCGCACUACUAAAACGCUUGCCAUUAAAAACAUUAAUAGGAAAUGUUCCAUAGUGAAAGAUAAAGAAGGAAAUAUACUAGCCUCAAAAGAGGAUCAGCUGCACAGAUGGACAGAAUUUUUUAGUAAGCCUCAACAGAUAAUUGCUACAGUCAUCCAAAAAAGAAUAUCAGAUGCCCUUGAACCGACUUUGAGAAAAGAACAAGCAGACUUUAGGCCUCAAAGAUCAUGUAUCGACCAAAUUAACACUCUCAGAAUAAUAAUAGAGCAAUCUCAAGAGUUCAGAUCGCCAUUAUACAUGGUGCUCGUGGAUUUUCAAAGAGCAUUCGAUACUAUAAAACACAUAGCCAUCUGGAAAGCUUUGAGAGAAAAAGGAGUACCCGAAAAAAUAUCCGCAUAA